AUGGGUAGAGACCUUGGUGUGUUGAUGGCUGGACCACUCAUGUCAUUGAUAGCGACAACUGCUCUGCCGCUGGCGGCUGCGCAGUCUGCGCAGUGGCCGCAGACAAGCGGAGGUUCUGUGAUAGGAAUCACCCUACCGGCAAGUGCCGGUGGGGCAGCAGUCGACCAGUUUCUCGGCGUCCCAUUUGCAAGGGCGGAGCGUUUUCAACCUCCCGUGGAUUUUCACGAGAAUUACACAGGAGGCAGUGUGACGGCGACCAUGUGGGGUGCGGCCUGCAUGCAGGUAGCAGGGGAUCCCACACAGACCUACGGCAGCGAGGACUGCUUGAAGGCGAACGUGUGGAGUCCACGCCUUGCUUGGCAGACGAAGAAGAAGUUGCCGGUCAUGGUGUUCAUCUACGGUGGUUCCAAUCAAUUCGGGGAGGCGGAGCCCUACAACAUGAGUGCUCUGGCCGCUUUUCACGAAGUCGUUUGUGUCUCGUUCAAUUACCGUACGGGGCCGCUGGGCUGGAUGGCUUUCCACGAAGACGUGGAGGCAAAGCGGUCUACGGGCAAUUGGGGCAUCCUUGAUAUUCAGAGUGCCCUGCGCUGGGUGCAGAAGGAGGUCGCGGCCUUCGGCGGUGAUGCCUCGCGUGUGGCCAUCCACGGACAGAGCUCUGGGGCAGGUCUCGUGGAGCUGCAGUACGUCUCGCCUCAGUCAGCAGGACUCUUCCAGGGUGCCAUCAGCGAAUCAGGUAGCCUCAGUGCUAUGAACUUGUCCCUCGCCUUGGCAAGCGCAACGAAGAUCGCAGCCAGCUUGGGCUGUGCUACAGCCACCCUGAAGGUAAACAAGACGUGCCUUGCUCUGGUUCCAGCACUCAAUCUCACUAUGACCACUUACUCGGCACCAUGGUCGCCUGUGACGGAUGGCGUUACAUUUCCAUUGGCGCCCCAGGAGUUGCUUCGUUUGGGCCGCGUCAACCCAGCAACCGUUGUCUUGGGGGCGCAGACGAACGACAGCAACUUGUUUCUCUUCCGGGAGCACACGCAGGACGGCUUGGAUCAGCCGAAUGACCGGCCUGAUGGUGCACUUAAGCCAAUGUCGGACAAGCAGUACGGCCUGCAGCUAGUUAUGCGCGUCGGGCCGCGCCUUUUGGGCAAGGCCCUCAGCUUGUACCCACCUGCCCCUGGCAGCAGCAUCUUGAACGUGCAUCAGCUCGGGAACGUUGAGUCAGACCAGAGCCAUUGCCAGAUUCGACAGCGCGCCUCCUGGUUCAACAAGGCCAGGCCUGGACGAGCCUUCACGUACCGCUUCGACUACUGGUACACCGGCAACCCGAAUUGCACUGCCGUCCCCAACUACCAUUUACCAUACCUGGGUGCUGCUCACCAAGAUGAAGUGACUUUUGUAUUGGGCCAGCCAAACUUCAUGGAGGAUGGCAGCUGCUGCGGCCUUUGGGGCCUUACCACACCGGACUGCCCACACCUCACUCGCUGCGAGGCAUGCUAUGCCCCAAACCGAUUCGGCCAUGAAGGAUAUCGUGCCUACUUCAACGACAAGGAGUGGGACUUUGCCCGAACCGUGGGCACCUUUUGGACCAAUGUUGCAGCCAGCGGCGACCCCAACUGCAGGGACAAGUGCGACACGCAAGGCUCCUGGCCGAAGUUUGCAGCGGGAGGCGACGUGACUCAGAACAUUGUGCUCAAUGCCUCGCUGCCCGGUGGCUCGAUGGCUGAAGAGACCCCACAUGGUCGCCCAGAGAUUUGCGCCUUUUGGGAUGCAGUCGCGGCUGACGUAGCGGCCGAGCAUUCAGAGCCCUUGUACGCGUGA